AUGCCGUCUUUAUCUAUCCUCAAGCGCUCCGGCCGCGAUGCGCCGCCGUGGUCGCUACGGUCAUGGAACAAUCCAAGUGACAACAUCAUCGAGACACCCGAAACGACAACGACAAGAACGGAAAUCAUGCCGGUAUCAGCAAGGAGCUGUGCCGGUUCGCCCACUGCCGACAACAUAUUUGGCAGCAAUAGUCGUAGCUAUGAAAGAAACGGCGCCGAUUUGCAGGGCGUCUCCAUACCAGGGCCCAUGACAACGACAACAUCACCUUUGUCACCACCGAAGAAAGACCGCCGUGAUUCCAAGCGCGACCUCUUGCACGGCCUCAUCAGUCGGUCCAUUCGCGGUGCUGGCCGCGCGUUGUCGACGUCCAGCCCGUCGUCUCCCCCCUCGUCGCAGUCUGCAUCGACAACAUCGCUCUCUCCAUUGUCGUCAUCCGUAGGAUCGCCCACGUCGACGACAGCCACGGCAUCCACUGCGCCCUCUCUAUUUGCAUCUCCGCCACAGACGUCAUCGCCGUCGCCGUUUCACGAACGAAAGCCACGAACGGCUGCGCCGGCUCCACAAAAGCUGUACCGCCCACGACCGCGCCAGUCAUCAGCUGCGCCUGCGUAUUCGGGUGCAUCGGCAUCUAACAAGACGCACGGGCCCGCCCGCUGGCCACCGUCACUAGGCUUGUCUACCACGAAGGCAAGAAAGUUUUUGUCGUCGCAGGUGACACUUUCCCAAUGA